AUGCAACAACGGUGCAACGACAAAAAGAAGGAGGACGAGGCCUUCAAGUUAUGCCUUCCUAGGAAGCCGGCCCCACGCCAGGCACCCCCUGCGCGUUUGCCUAACACUCCUGCCAUGGGACGACAUUUCCACCAGGGCAAGGAAAGGCCCCGCAACAAACCCCCUCCACGGCAGAAUAACCCACCGCCUGCUAAGCACUGGGGAAAAUCGACUCCCGCCGCGGCCGCGGCUGGAAGACCAUCUAACCCUACCCCCAUCGACUCAAAACCAAAAUGCUCAAGAUGUGCCCCAACUGCAGCGAAGGUGGCUAAACUCAUAGAGGCAGAGGGGUGGACGGCCAGUCAUCCCCGCCCAGAGGAUAUCAUUGCAAAGUGGAGGCCGCUUAGCAGAGCACAGGCACAGAGUGACCCAGCCAUCAUCAGGGGGGUGACCAGUCAGAAAUGGCCGGGUCUGGCUGUGAAGGAUUUUGGGGGACAGAAAGGAGUUGUUGCAACCAAGGCCUUUGGGAAGGGCUCCAUCCUGUGUGAUUUCCAUGGAAAGGUGAUCACAGGUGCUGAGGGCAGGGAGAUAGCAGAGAUGCAGGAUGAGCUGGGCCACCGGUUUUUCUUUAAACAUGGCAGUGAGGAAGUCUGCAUCGAUGCGGAGACCUUCCCCUGUGAGUGCCACCCGUCUCUGGAAACCAAAGGGAGAUGGAUUACGCACUCCAAGAAGAACUUCAACGUGCAGCCACGCCACUGCAUAGUGAAGCUUCAAGAAGGAGACAGGGGACGUCCUGCUCUUUUAGGCCACCAAGGACAUUUUCAAAGAUGA